UUAUUUUGGUUGUGUAUGUGCAGAAAUGAAAAUAUUCUCCUGAAAUUAAUCACCAACAACCAAGAUAUUUAUCAAAGAUCAAUGUUAAACUGCUGAAAGAGAUGAAGCACAAGCUGUCCUGAAGAAUCUCCAGAACACGCAGAAAUUGUUUGAUACAUUUAACAGACAAAUAAAGCCAAGUCCCGACAUGGAGAAACAUCAGCACUCUGUCAAGAGUUUUACUAAACAGAGUGAUCUCAAAAAACACCGGCGCAUUCACACAGGAGAGAAACCACAUCACUGCUCAGACUGUGGAAAGAGUUUUACUCAACAGAUUCAUCUCAAAAUACACCAGCGCAUUCACACAGGAGAGAAACCGUAUCACUGCUCAGACUGUGGGAAGAGUUUUAAUCAACAGAUUCAUCUCAAAAUACACCAGCGCAUUCACACAGGAGAGAAACCGUAUUACUGCUCAGACUGUGGGAUGAGUUUUAGUAGACUAGGGAAUCUAAAACUGCACCAGCGCAUUCACACAGGAGAGAAACCGUAUUACUGCUCAGAAUGUGGGAAGAGUUUUAGUAGACUAGGGAAUCUAAAACUGCAUCAGCGCAUUCACACAGGAGAGAAACCGUAUCACUGCUCAGACUGUGGAAAGAGUUUUAAUCAACAAAGUACUCUCCAAAUACACCAGCGCAUUCACACAGGAGAGAAACCGUAUUACUGCUCAGACUGUGGGAGGAAUUUUAAUUAUCAGAGUAAUCUCAAAAUACACCAGCGCAUUCACACAGGAGAGAAACCGUAUCACUGCUCAGACUGUGGGAAGAGUUUUAAUCAUCACAGUCAUCUCAAAAAACACCAGCGCAUUCACACAGGAGAGAAACCAUAUUACUGCUCAGACUGUGGGAAGAGUUAUACUCGACAGAGUGAUCUCAAAAUACACCAGCGUAUUCACACAAGAGAGAAAACUAUCCCAAAUUUGUUCCACGGCAAUUAAAAGUGCAAACACCUUAUCCUACACAAAUGUUUCACUUUGUCACUUGGGACACGUUCCACCAGAAACAAACAUGAACUGAAUUUAACAAUGGAUUUUACAGUUUCAGCAAAAUGAAUCUUAUCCAGGGAUGAUGUUUAUUGAAUUCCAUGUUGUGUUUUCUUGUAUGUUUGAUAUUGCAGGACAUUCUUCGUGAGACAGAGCUCAGUUUUUAGGGUAGUUACGGUAGGAGUUCAGUUCUGAAGAAGGGAAGGUUUUUGAGUUUGAGCAAGGGCACUGCCAGUGCUUGCACCAGAUGGUAGAUUAGCAUAACUUAGUCUUUAAAAUUUAGAUGCCAUAGUUGUUAGGAGUAGAUUAGGAUUUUGGAUAAAACCUUCAGUGCUUAUGCUUAGAAGGUUUUGAAAGAAUUUAAUCACUUUUCUAGCUUAUGCAUAUUUUAUUAUUUCCAUUAAUUUCUAGUAUCUGUUUUUAGUCUGUGGAAGCCAUCCUCAGUUCCCCAAGCUUAGCAUAGCUUAGCUUAAUGCAAUUAACUGCCAUAUGAAAGGAUAAGGGGAUAACACCCCCUGAGCCACUCCAGAGAGAGUGUGCUCCCAAAAGUGUGACCCAGAGCCACAGAGAGACGACACUGUGCCGGGUACUGCCGUGUGGAGCAUCCAGACCCCGCAGAGAGCCCAACAAAAUAUUUUCCAGAGGUUAAAUAAAACGCUCCAGACGUAGUUCCCAUACUGAAAUCAACCCCCUCCAGGCCUGUGUAGCACAGUAAGGUAACUAGCUUAUUUAUUCCCCCUGCUGUUGUUCUUGUUUGUCUAUGGUUCAGUCUGAUUAAAAAUAUGUUAGCAUAGAGGGAUAUAGAUGGAUAUUUGGUUGUUGUAUUACUCAAGUUUUAUACUCUUUUUUUUUUUUUUUUCUUAUUAGAUAUAUCUUGCUUAAGAUUUUUUAAUCUCCAAAGUUACUAAGAAUAUCCAGUUAAUUUAGUUAAUUGAUUGUUUUUAUCCAGUACCAACUAUUAUCUUUGUAUUGCUUCACCUCUAUAUGUACUCAUCUGUGUUUCAUAAAAAACGCUUUAAGAUCGCAA